CACCUCAUUCGACUCGAGCAACCCUCUUGCUCCAGUCCAAGACAGGAGCAUGGAAGAGGACUCGAGUCAGAGCAAAGGACUGCAUGAUGUCACUCUCUUUGACAUGGCCACGAUUGCCUCCUCCACCGACAACUUCGCGGCGGCGGCCAAGCUCGGCGAAGGCGGUUUCGGCGCCGUCUACAAGGGUGAGCUUGGGGGAGGGCAGAAGGUGGCGGUGAAACGGCUGUCCAAGUACUCGACGCAGGGCCUGGACGAGUUCAAGAACGAGGUGGUGCUCAUCGCCAAGCUCCAGCACGUGAACCUCGUCAGGCUCUUGGGCUGCUGCGUCCAUGGAGAGGAGAGGAUCCUGGUGUACGAGUACAUGGAGAACAAGAGCCUGGACAUGCUCCUCUUCGAUAAGGCUCGAUCGGCGCAACUGGACUGGCCGAAGCGGUUUGACAUCGUACUGGGCGUCGCACGGGGGCUCCUGUACCUGCACCAGGACUCGAGGUUCAAGGUCAUCCACCGGGACCUCAAGGCCGGCAACAUCCUCCUCGACGGCGACAUGAACCCCAAGAUCUCCGACUUCGGCGUCGCCAGGAUCUUCGGCGGCGACGGCGCCGACUCACACACCCGAAGGGUCGUCGGGACAUACGGGUACAUGUCCCCCGAGUACGCCAUGGACGGUGUCUUCUCGGUGAAGUCCGACGUGUUCAGCUUCGGCGUGCUGGUGCUCGAGAUCGUCAGCGGCAGGAAGAACCGGGGAAUGUACAGCAGCGGCGAGCAGACGAGCCUGCUCAGCCACGCAUGGAAGCUGUGGAGGGAGGGCAACGCGCUGGGGCUGCUAGACGAGGCGGUGGCCAGCGGCGGCGACCGGGAGUCGGAGGAGGUGCUGCGGUGCGUGCAGGUCGGACUGCUGUGCGUGCAGGAACGGCCGGAGGACCGGCCGCACAUGGCCACGGUGUUUCUGAUGCUGGCCAACCUGAGCGCGUUGAUGCCACAGCCUAGGCACCCGGGCUACUGCAGCGACCGGGGAUCAACCUCCACCGACGGCGACUGCUCCUUGAGCUGCACCGUCAAUGAAAUCACCCUCACCGUCGUCGAGGGCCGGUGACACCACGGUGCAUUCGGUUAUAGCUUAAUUAACUGGUUCCGUAAGUACGGUUUUGAUACUUCGGUAAUCGGUAUUCCUAAAAUCUUAAAAGUGCACGCGCACCUUUUGAAGAGAACGAGCGGCCGCUCCACUCGCAUGCAUGCGUACUAGGUUGGUCCACUAGUGCAUGUGAUUGCUGACAUUAAAUG